AUGUCGAACGGAGAUGCCCAGCAAGCAGCACCGUUUACCACGGAUGCGCUCAUCCUCCAGGUGCUACAGCAGCUUCAGCAGACGCAGCUUGUGAAGAACGAGCUCCUCCGUAACCAGCAGCAAUCCCACGAGCAGCAGCGCGUGUUCAUCCAGCAGCAGGAGAACACCCUCCGGAACAUCCAAGUCCAGGUUCCGGCUAACCCAGAAUCGAUUCUGGACUCGUUGGCAUCGAAUGUAAAAGAGUUCCGGUACGAUACCGAGAACAGCAUCACCUUUUCGUCCUGGUUUUCCCGGUACGAGGAGUUGUUCGCCAACGAUGCUGCGCGGCUUGACGACCAAGCUAAGGUUAGGUUGCUGAUGCGAAAGCUCGGCAUCGCAGAGCACGAGCGCUACUGCAGUUUCAUCCUGCCGAAGACAUCGAAGAACUUCACCUUCGCAGAAACUGUAGCCAAGUUGAAAGGACUUUUCGGAGCAACGGAAUCGCUGAUUAGCAAACGCUAUCGCUGCCUCCAGACCGCGAAAAGUUCCACCGAAGAUUUUGUGACGUACACCUGCCGAAUCAACAAGACGUGCGUCGAAUUCGAGCUGGGAAAUCUCUCGGAGGAACAAUUUAAAGUGUUGAUCUUCGUCUGCGGUUUGACGUCGGAAGCGGAUGCCGAAAUACGGACGCGGUUGCUUGCGCGGAUUGAGGAGAAGAACGACGUUACUCUCGAAUAG